CAGCAAUGGCUGCAUCUCUCUUCAGACUGAGACUCUUCACCCUCUUCUUUCUGUAUUCAGGACUAGCAGAUGCUAGAGUAGAGAUCAUCACCAGUGAGACGGACAUCAAGGUCGGAACUGAACAGUUAUUACUGUGCAAAACUUUUAAAGAGGCAGAUAUUACUUGGCAGAAGGAUGGGGAGGAUGUUGACGAAGAUCGUCAUGUAGUGGAGAAAGUGGACGAAACUUCGAGUAAACUGAUUUUGAAGAGGGUUGACCUAACAGACAGUGGAACGUACACAUGCAGUUGUGACUAUGAAAUUCACACUGACAAGGCAACCAUCAAAAUCUUUGUCUACGAGGACCCAAACUUUGGCAAGACAAAGACAUACCAUGAGUUUUUGGUGAACCAGACAGUGCAUGUCCCAUGUGUGGUCACUGGGAAGCCUGAUGUGGAGAUCAACUGGUAUCGGGAUGGUCACCUUGUGAGCAAUGACGGCAGUGGUCGUCUCACAGUUCUGCCGAAUAGGAAUCUGCAAAUUACGAACAUUCGUAAGAGUGAUCAUGGAACCUACAUCUGUGUGGCGAACAUAAAAGAUCGACCGACCAUAAAGAAGGUGCUGGACAUCUCUGUUGUUGUAAACGUUCCACCGACCGUGAUGAUUCGCAGUGAGCGGACAAAUGUUCAUGCGGGACCAGACACAAAUGUGACAAUAAUCUGCCUGGUUUCAGGAUAUCCGCAACCAACCAUUAUCUGGACAGUGCCUUCUACCUCAGAUUCCUCUCGCUACAUAUACAACUCAGACAAGAGUGAGCUCAUCAUCCCAGCUGUGGCCAGAAGUGACUUUGGAGAAUACGCCUGCACGGCUUCCAAUAAGCUUGGAGAUGACAGUGCAGCGUUCAUACUGGAUGUCUCAGUUGAGAAGGAGCCCAGCUUCACUAAAGGCGCUAUGGCUGGAAUUGUCAUAGUCAUCGUCCUGGUGCUAUUGGUGGUGGUUUGCUGUUCCAGAGACAUCCGGGCCAGGUGCCUGAGCAUCUGUAGGAAGGGGUGAUCAACAAUGUUGCUGUGUAAACUAUCUUUUCCUUUCAUUCUUUUCAAAUUCAGCUUG